AUGAGGCAUCCAUUCGAGCUCAGUGUCAGCAUAGGGCGACGCCUUUUGCAGCGGCGAUUUGAACACGUAAAACCCCUACUGGACCUACUGAUUUGGUGCGGUCGAGUUCUUGACGACUGGUGGUUGUGGAAAAACCCACUUCACUCGAUUCUUGGAUUGAUCGGCUACCAGCUCUUAGUCUUUUAUUUUCGACCCUACUUCAUACCACUCUACAUGGUUUUGGUGUUGCUAAAGAACCGUAUAUACAACCACGAGGAUGUAGACACAAUUAUUCACGGCUUAAAGCACUGCAAAAUCGCGGCGCAGCUGGCCUCGCCACAGGAGCAUGAGAUAUAUAAACAACAGUAUGAGAUUUUGGAGCAAUACAUGAAUCAGGGAUUCCCAAAUCGCUACCGUACUGGCGACCGUAAUCAGGGGGACGAGGGAAACGACUUGGACCUCUUCGAUUAUUCCGCAUUAGACAAUGACGUUGACGUCAGUAAGACCAACCUCGGUGAUAUGCAGGCACGUAUUUGA